UUUAUUCAUUUGGAUUUUCGGUUUCAAACAGAAUAAACUAACACCCCUUUCUCUUCAACCCAUUCCUGUCGAUCACUAUUUCAUGGAAAUUUCAAAUCUAUUUUUAGAUACUCUCUCUCUCUCUCUAACCCAUGAACAAUCUCUCUUUCUCUCUUACAAAUUCCCAUACGCACUCCGAUAUUCCAUAACCUGUUGUUACAGCAAUCCCGGCCACAUUGUUUUCAGUCACCCAUUUACAACAAAACCCAUAUCGAAUCUUUAAACAAUUCCGUCAAAAAAUCCUAUUUACAGAAGACCAGGGUUUCAUGGCGUAGGAAAAUAUGAAUUGAUGCUCAAUUGCUGUGCAUUUGGUUGAUAAAGAUUUUGUAUCUGGAAGAACAUUGAGGUAAGCAAAUUGGGGUUAAGAAGAAGUUUGUGAAUAGGAGAAAAUGGAUAAGUAUGAGCUUGUGAAGGAUAUAGGAUCUGGGAAUUUUGGUGUUGCAAGGUUGAUGAGGAACAAGGUUACCAAAGAACUUGUUGCUAUGAAAUAUCUUGAAAGAGGGAAUAAGAUUGACGAGAAUGUUGCUCGAGAAAUCAUAAAUCACAGAUCGCUUCGACACCCUAACAUCAUUAGGUUUAGAGAGGUGGUAUUGACUCCCACCCACCUUGCUAUCGUCAUGGAGUAUGCAGCAGGAGGGGAGCUUUUCGAGAGAAUUUGCAGCGCUGGAAGAUUCAGUGAAGACGAGGCCAGAUACUUCUUCCAGCAGCUUAUAUCGGGAGUUCACUACUGUCAUUUCAUGCAAAUAUGUCAUAGAGAUUUAAAGCUCGAGAACACUCUUUUAGAUGGGAGCCCUGCACCGCGCUUGAAGAUCUGUGAUUUUGGCUACUCAAAGUCAUCUCUGCUUCACUCGAGACCCAAAUCAACAGUUGGAACUCCUGCAUAUAUUGCCCCUGAGGUUCUUUCACGUAGAGAGUAUGAUGGCAAGUUGGCUGAUGUUUGGUCUUGUGGGGUGACCCUUUAUGUUAUGCUUGUGGGAGCAUACCCUUUUGAAGACCAAGAAGACCCUAAAAAUUUUAGGAAGACUAUUCAACGAAUAAUGGAUGUCCAAUAUAAGAUCCCGGACUAUGUUCACAUAUCUCAUGACUGUAGGCAUCUCCUUUCUCGGAUAUUUGUCGGAAAUGCUUCCAGGAGGAUAAGCCUAAAAGAUAUAAAAAGCCACCCAUGGUUCCUAAAGAAUCUCCCAAGGGAAUUAACAGAAGCAGCCCAAGCUGUGUAUUACAGGAAGGAAAAUCCAACAUUCUCUCCACAAAGCGUGGAGGAAAUCAUGAAAAUAAUGGAAGAAGCAAGAUCCCCUCCUCAUGCGUCACGUUCCAUUGGAGGCUUUGGGUGGGGCCACCAAGAUGAUGACGACGACGAAGACGACAAAGAUGAUGAAGAUGAGUAUGAUAAAAGGGUCAAAGAAGCUCAUCAAAGUGGAGAAGUUCGUCUUACUUAAAAAGUUUUCCUUUCUUAAUUAGCCUAAGUUUGUAAAAAGUUGGAUUUUUGCUUAUGAAAUCCUUUUGGCAUGUUGCCAUGCAUGUGAGAAUAUUUAGGUGUGUUGAUGCUACUGUAUGCUUGAAUAUGGUUUCGGUAAAGAAAAAAAAAGAUUCCCUUUUUUUGGUAU